UGGAACAUGUAUUUAUAGUUCUAUGUCUGAGAUACCAGCAGAAUGUUAAUCACUUUCAUAAUACUUGGUACUGGCUAAGCACUAUUUUAAAAGUUUUCCAUAUGAAAUCAUAUAUUCCUCACAACCAUCCUAUGAAAUACAUUAUUAUGCCCAUUUUAUAGAUGGAAAAGCUGAGAUAUGAGUAAUACCACUUGCCCAACCAAGAUCAUAAAGCUGAAAGAAAGGGCCAUAAUUUGAACCUAGGGUAGUGCAAGUCUAGAUUCUGUGCUCUAAAUCACUAUUCUUGGGGAAACAAAGAGGCAAGUGAAGUAAAUCCAAGUGUGUGUGCAAAUGUAAAUUAAUAUCUAAUCAGUGUCAUACUCACACCUUUCAUUCCAGAUAUGAGAAAUGAGUGUUGGACGUCGAAGAAUAAAAUUGUUGGGUAUCCUGAUGAUGGCAAAUGUCUUCAUUUAUUUGAUUGUGGAAGUCUCCAAAAGCAGUAGCCAAGAAAAAAAUGGAAAAGGAGAAGUAAUAAUACCCAAAGAGAAGUUCUGGAAGAUAUCUACCCCUCCCCAGGCAUACUGGAACAGAGAACAAGAGAAGCUGAACAGGCAGUACAAUCCCAUCUUGAGCAUGUUGCCCAACCAGACAGGGGAAGUGUAUGGAUUUUCCAACAUAAGCCAUCUGAAUUACUGUGAACCUGACCAGAGGGUCACGUCCGUUGUUACAGGUUUUAACAAUCUGCCGGACAGAUUUAAAGACUUUCUGCUGUAUUUGAGAUGCCGCAACUAUUCAGUGCUUAUAGAUCAGCCGCAUAAGUGUGCAAAGAAACCAUUCUUACUGCUGGCGAUUAAGUCCCUCACUGCACAUUUUGCCAGGAGGCAAGCAAUUAGGGAGUCCUGGGGCAAAGAAAGCAACGUGGGAAACCAAACAGUGGUGCGCGUCUUCUUACUGGGCCAGACUCCCCCAGAAGACAACCAUCCUGACCUUUCAGAUAUGCUGAAAUUUGAGAGUGAGAAGCACCAAGACAUUCUUAUGUGGAGCUACAGAGACACUUUCUUCAACUUGUCUCUGAAGGAAGUGCUGUUUCUCAGGUGGGUAAGUACUUCCUGUCCAGACGCUGAGUUCAUCUUCAAGGGCGAUGAUGAUGUGUUUGUGAACACCCAUCACAUCCUGAAUUACUUGAAUAGCUUAUCUAAGAACAAAGCCAAAGAUUUGUUCAUAGGUGAUGUGAUCCACAAUGCUGGACCCCACCGGGAUAAGAAACUGAAGUACUACAUCCCGGAAGUUGUUUACUCUGGUGUCUACCCACCCUAUGCUGGGGGAGGGGGAUUCCUCUACUCCGGCCACCUGGCCCUGAGGCUGUACAAUGUCACCGACCGGGUCCACCUCUAC